AUGGGUCCACAUGAUCCAAAAAUUUCAUCCGAGAAAAAGGAGAGUUCAAAUUCCAAGUGUUCUGCAUCAGAGACUGAUACAAAACGCGCUAAACAAGAUGGCCUAGGAAAAGAGAAUAGUAGUUGUAAGAUCCCAGAAAACGGUAGUCGUAAGAUCUUAUACCUCCACAUCAGGUCACAGCUAGCAUACAACAUGAAUGCAGCUUUUCAAGAUGUAGACAAAACACACUCGGGUGCUCAGCCGGGAACAUUGAAAAAAGGUAACUUUUGUGGGCCUCUGAAAUGUCCCAUGACUUAUCAUGGAAUUGCGGCCGCAGAACAUUUAAGGUAA